AUGGAUUCGGUGCCGAGCUUCAUGUUCUGCGGUAGACAACUCGUGUCCACUCGCCUUCUUCCCAACUCCUCUCAGGAACUCGACUUCACUCUGUUGCCUCUUAGAGCUGGCUACCUCGAGCUCCCACGGUAA